UAAAAUGUAUGUAAAUAUUAUUGCCCCAUUAAGGUUUGCACUUGAAUACUUGAAUUAACUAAGGCUUCUAAUAACUUGACUUCAAAAUAAAACGUUUUUAAAACUUUUAUAGUAUUUUUAAACUGUUUCGUCAAGUUCUUAGUUGUAAAAGAUGAAUAAACAAGAAAUGGCUAUUGUGAAAAUGGAAGUUGAUACUGAAAUUAGUGAAGAUAUUAAACCAAAUGUGGAACCCUCGAAUAUUGAAGAGCCUUUGUUAGGUUCUGUGACCACUUUUAGUAAUACUGAGGGUCCAGAAAUUAAAAGCCAACAGCUCAGAUCCAGUGCUAGAGUUUUCAAAAAAAUGAAACUAGAUCUAACAGCACCUCCAGUUAUUGAAAAAUGCGAAAAGAAAGAGGAAAUUAAACAGGAUAUAAAGAAGUGUUACAGACCCUUAUGGACUUCAGAUGAUAAAAACAUGUUUUUUGAAGCACUUAAUGAGUUUGGAAAGGAUUUCGAAAAUAUUCAGCUUUACAUUAGUAUGAAGCUAAAAAAGAAAGGAGUUCCAGAAAAUUUGAUAAAAACGAAAGAUCAAGUGAGACAUUUAUAUUAUCGAUCUUGGCACAAGAUUUCUAAAUAUGUAAAAUUUUCGGAAGGCAUUAAGAAAAUUGCUCAAGAAUUAUACAGUCUUAUAAACUAUGGUGAACUGAGAAAGAAAAUUGGAUCCGUUAGUGAGAAAUGUUUAUUGAAAUUGAACGAACUUAUUUAUAAGGGAUCUACAAUGUUACGAAUAAAAGGUAAAACAGUAAGAGUAAAAACUCCAAUGUGUAGAGCACUCAGAAAGUUGAACCAACUUGAUGAGAAUUAUGAUGAAAUUAGAUUACCCAAUAGAGUGACUGUAGAGUUACGACCAAAAGAUAUGACUUCCUUUUUAAAAGUGCAGAUUAUGGCCCAAAAUCCAAGAAUACGAACAAUCCUACCAUUACAAAAAAGGUUAAGUAAUUUAAUUACUUGUGUUAACAAUAGAUGGAAAACCGUUGAAGCUAGAGUUUAUGACAAAGCACUUGUAUCUUCAAAUCCUGUGACAGAUAACUGUGUGCCUCCAACUAACAUUUCAGAUGAAAAUAAGAUGUUAUUAACUCCUACCUUAAGACUUACUCCGCCUGAUGGUUGUAAAAUUAAUGUUCUUUCUAUAAAUGUCAGUGAAUACUUUACCAGAAAGAGUAUCUGUUUGCAUUCCUAUGAACACCGUAUUGGCAUUACCAAUGCAGACUACAUAUUUUGUAAUGAUAGUAAUUAUAAAUUAAUAAAUAAAAAUAAUGCUAAGAAAGGUUACAGACCAAGAACAGACAGUGCAAGUGAGAAGGUUGAAAAAUCACCACAGAAAAGUACUGCAACUGUUGAGGAAAACGAAUUAUGUGAUUCAACUGAAAAUGAACAGAAUGUAGAAAAUAACAAAGUUGUAAAUGAAUUACCAAAUGUGGCACAUACUAUACAACCUGAAAAUCAUGAAACUGAUGAUGAAACAUUAAAAAUAAAAGUAGAGAAGAAAGAAGAAACACAAAACGAUACAGUAAAUGAUCAAAAUCAAGAGUUAAUCGAGAGAAUACGAAAAGGAUGGACCGAAUAUGACAGUGAGAGCAUAACUCUUGGAGAAUUGUAUCUCAUGUUUGGAACAGAUUUGAAACUUAUUUUAGAAUACAGUUGGGAAAAGAAUGCCACAAAAUCUGAAACAGUAGAACUUGAAUGUAAGCAAGAAAAUGUAGAAUUGAAUGGAGACAUAUCAAACGAUGAUUCAAAAAAACUGGACCUCAGUGAUUCGUUAUCAAAAUUAUUGUCUGUUGCAAAACUGCAUUACCGAAAAAAUAUAAUUAAAUGCCCUUGUGGACAUGUCUGCGGUACCAAAAAUAACGUGCAGCUGAAGAGAGCUAUGGAGUCCAAAAUUCGAAAAAUGUUAACAGAUAUCGAUAAGUGUACAGAUGAAGCCGAAGAUAAGAUGACCACAGAAAAUAUUUUCGAGAAUGAACAAUCAUUUGUAGCCGCCCCAGUGUAUAUACAACCAAAUAUCCAACUGUCACCCGCAACAUAUUUUCAUCCACCAAACACCCAAAUGGUCCACUUGGUAUCGCAAAUAAACUCCAUACAAAGACUGAAACCGAGGUAUUGCAACCGUAGAGGUAGGCGGCCUCGUUCUAAGCCCGUCGUGGUAGAACGAAAACUCCCGUUACUUCCAAAUAAAAUGGAAAGUGGUCAUCAAAUCGUUAGAAUGAAUAUUAUUUCACAAGAAUCGACUUCAACAGAACAAAUAAACUUUGAUACUAAAAAUGUGAAACCCGAAAAUCAUAUUUUUAUCAACCAGGAUCAGCCUCUGUCGAAUCCAGUCUUCCCUGAAGAAUCUCACUGUGCCACGGAUAUUAUCAGCAAGUCUCUUAGCAACAGCGAUGUGGUAUUGCAGUUGGCAAAUGAUAAUAACAUAUUGCCAUCUACCGCACCGUCAAGUCCUUCAAGAAUUUUGAAGGAGGAUAACCAAUGGAUUAACUCAGAAGUAGCAGAUUAUUCAUUAAGCAGUUUGUUAGGCCACCUUGAAUCACCCAUAAAAGCAAAUGCUUCGGUCUCAAAUUUAACAAACGAUGAUUCCAGAUUGUCACAAGACGUCGAUGCACAAAUAAGUUCCUUAUUAACAGAAAGCAGUUUAGAUUUUUCUGCAAAUUUUGCAGAUCUUGCUGCUCAAGUAACUAAUGAGUCAGGAAAGUAAAAUCGUGUUACAUUUUUGUAAGCUAUAAGCAGUUAAUAAUAUAAGUCUGAUUUUUGAAGAUGUACACUGUAUAAUUUAGUUUAAAACAAAAUAUAAAUUACUUUCAUCACGUACUGAGUUUUAAUAUGCAAAUAAUACAGAUUUCAAUAUCUCUUAAAUUUUUGUAGAAAUUAUUUUCAAAAUUUUAAUUGUAUGUAUUCAAAUCUUACUUCUUGGCCAUAAUUACAAAAAAUAUUAUUUAUUUGCUAUAUUACAAUCUAGAAUUUGUAUGUCGGAAAGUGUCGUUAUUUUUUUUUAGAUUAAUAUGUUUCAUUAUGUUCUUUUGUUCUAGUCUUAAGAAAAUUGAUUUUAAUUUCUACUUUCUACUAUUAUUUCACAUAUUCGGUCACAUAUGAAUUAAACAAUUUAUAGUGUAAGUCAAAAAAAUGGCAUUCGUAUGUAUUUCGAAGGAAAUAUGUAGAUAAACGAUGUAUGUUUCCUCAUAUAAAAAAUAUUGGACCGCAGAAUGGAAAGUUUAAUUAUUGUUUUGUACUUUCAAUUAACGUAUAUUACUGUGUAGUAAAAUGAUAAUUAAAAAUUCAGUUACAACAAAAGAAUUGAAUUUUCCAUUCAAAAAUUUUAUUUUUUAGUAGAAUAAUGAA